AUGUUCCAUACCAAGGAAGAGAGAGUGAAAAUAACCACGCACAGAACCAUGUGGCGGAGGGGUACACCGCUGCCACGGCGCCUCGUCGGAAUCAAAUGUCUUGUGCUUCUCCUGCUCUCCACCAUGGGGGUGACGCGCGCACAUGACGGAGAUGAGAGCGCUCUCGAAGCAUUCAAGGAAAGGAUUUCAGACCAUUCAAGGGUGCUGUCCUCCUGGAACAGGAGCAUCAGCUACUGCGCCUGGGAGGGCGUCACGUGCAGCCAGAGGCACCGAUCGAGGGUGGUCGCUCUGGACCUCAACUCCCAGGGGCUCGCCGGCACCAUCUCCCCUGCCGUCGGCAACCUCACGUUCCUCCGCACACUCAACUUGAGCCUCAACCCCUUGUACGGCGAGAUCCCUCCCAGCAUCGGCUCCCUCCGCCGCCUCAGGUACCUUGGCCUGCAAGGGAACAUGCUCACCGGUGCGAUUCCAAGCAACAUUAGCCACUGCAGCAGCCUCAGGAAGAUGGUAAUUGCUGACAAUAAGGGGUUGCAAGGAAGCAUACCUUCUGAGAUCGGCAACAUGCAAUCGCUACGUCUUGUACACCUAUACAACAACAGCCUCACCGGGACCAUCCCGUCGUCACUCGGGAACCUCUCCCAGGUGACUAUCUUGUCGCUGGCAGCUAACCAUCUCCAGGGAUCGAUCCCUGAGGGCAUUGGGAACAUCCCACCUCUCGAGUUCCUUCAGCUGGCCAUAAAUAACCUCUCAGGUUUGUUUCCUCUUUCGCUGUACAACCAGUCAUCUCUGCACAGAUUUUAUGUGGCGGACAACAACCUGCACGGCCGUCUACCAGCUGAUCUGGGGAGAGGCCUUCCAAACAUGCAACAGUUUGCGAUGGGGGACAAUCAAUUUACUGGAGUUGUGCCUCCAUCACUAACUAAUCUCUCCAGACUUCAGGUUUUUGAUGCUCCAAAUAACGGAUUCAGUGGGGUUGUCCCUUCAGAGUUGGGAAGAUUGCAGUAUCUUAGAUGGUUUUGUCUGGAUGUGAACAAGUUCGAGGCAAACAAUGAGCGAGAAUGGCAAUUCCUUACUUCUUUGACAAACUGUAGCAGGCUGCGACUGAUGUCUAUAGAACAAAACAGGUUCUCAGGGCAAUUGCCAACCUCAAUAUCUAACUUAUCCACAAACAUCCAAGAGCUAAGUAUUUUGGCCAACAAUAUAUCUGGUACUAUCCCAUCAGAUAUUGGAAAUUUCAUAGGUCUGGAGGUGCUUCAUCUUGGUCACAACUUACUCACCGGGAUAAUUCCUGAUAGCAUAGGGAAGCUUACACAAUUGAAGGAGCUACACCUGGGCUACAACAACUUAUCAGGAUCUAUCCCGUCCUCCAUUGGAAACCUCACCGGUCUGUCUAAGUUUGAUGCAAGCUUCAACAGCUUGGAGGGACCAAUCCCAUCAAGCAUCGGAAAAUUGACAAAACUUUCACAGCUAGAUCUAUCGAGAAACCAUCUUAAUGGCACAAUUCCAAGUGAAAUUAUGCAACUAUCAUCGAUCUCAAUAUAUUUGGCUUUGUCUUACAACUUGCUGAAGGGACCUCUUCCUUCAGAAGUUGGUAAGUUGGUAAAUCUCGGGCAGCUUCUUCUAUCCGGGAACCAACUGUCUGGUAAAAUACCUGCAACCAUUGGUGGCUGCAUAGUCCUGGAAACCCUCUUAAUGGAUGGCAAUUCAUUCCAAGGAAACAUCCCUCCCAGUUUGAAGAACAUAAAAGGGCUUACUGUGCUGAAUUUGACGAACAACAAACUGAAUGGAAGCAUUCCAGGGGACCUGAGCAAUAUUACCAGCUUGGAGGAAUUGUAUCUUGCACAUAAUGAUCUAUCAGGGCCAAUACCUGAACUCCUAGGUUAUUCAACAUCGCUGUUCCACCUCGACAUAUCCUUCAACAAUUUACAAGGUGAAGUACCAAAAGAAGGGAUUUUCAGGAAUUUAACUGGACUAUCAAUUGUUGGCAACAAUGAGUUAUGUGGUGGAAUAGCACAGCUUCAACUGCCAAAAUGCCCAAGCUCCAAGAAAGGCUUGCCAAAGUCUCUGAGAAUAGUUGUCCCUACAACAGGAGGUAUCCUGGUCUUCCUUGCAGCUCUUGCUUUAGCUGGAUUUCUGUACACAAAAUUUAAGCCAGGGUUGAGGAAAGAACUACGGUCACCUCAGACGACCAAGAUUGACCUUCCAAUGGUUUCAUACAAUGACAUACUCAAAGCAACGGAUGGGUUUUCAGAAGCCAAUCUGCUUGGGAAGGGAAGAUAUGGUACUGUAUACAAAGGUACUCUAGAAAAUUUCGCUGCGGCCGUGAAGGUGUUUAAUCUGCAGCAAUCCGGAUCCUACAAAAGCUUCCAGGAUGAAUGUGAGGCACUAAGAAGAGUUAGGCACCGUUGCCUUGUAAAAAUCGUCACGUGCUGUUCAAGCAUCAACCACCAAGGCCAAGACUUCAGAGCGCUAGUCUUCGAGCUCAUGCCUAAUGGCAGCUUAGACCGCUGGAUCCACCCAGACAUUGAAAGUCAAAACAGAAAUGGAACACUCAGCUUGUCACAGAGGUUAGAUAUCGCUGUUGACCUUGUGGAUGCUUUAGACUAUCUACACAAUGGUUGCCAACCUUCCAUCAUCCAUUGCGAUCUCAAGCCAAGCAACAUUCUUCUCACUGGUGACAUGAGGGCUCGUAUUGGGGAUUUUGGUAUCGCUAGAAUUCUUAAUGAAGGUGGAAGCGAAGCUUCUGCAAAUUCCCUUAGCUCCAUCAGAAUAAGAGGAUCCAUUGGAUAUGUUGCUCCAGAAUAUGGAGAAGGGCUUUCGGUAUCAACUUAUGGUGAUGUGUACAGCCUCGGGAUCACCUUGAUCGAGAUGUUUACCGGAAGGUGCCCGACAGAUGAUAUGUUCAGAGAUGGGUUAACCCUGCAAUACUUCGCAAAGUCAGGUGGUCUUCCUGGGAAUGUCAUGGAGAUAGCAGACUCCAACAUCUGGCUGCAUGAUGAAGCAAAUGAUUGCAAUGAUACAGAACAUGUAACUAUAGCUGAGGAAUGUUUGGCUGCCGUUAUCAAGCUUGGUGUCUUAUGCUCAAAGCAAUUGCCUAGAGAGCGGCUGUCAACAAGUGAUGCUGCUGCAGAGAUGCAUGGCAUCAGAGAUGCCUACCUCGGUAAUAGUGAAGUGAUGUCGAACUAUAUGAAAAAACCACUACCAUAUGCUGAUUAGCAUGGGUUCUCCAAAUUGAUUAUUGAAAUCUGUAGUUAUAUUGUGGUGUAAACUCUAUCAACUGGUACUGUAUUAUCCACCUUAUACGCGUCAUCAUUUGUGCCAACAUUGGUGUGGUCUAGGGUAUAAAUAAGACAGACAUAUGCCCUCCAUCAGUUAAUUUCAGUCAACCAAUUCCUGAAUCAACCAGGCUCUGCAAGAGAAGAGUCGCGGCUCAGGGUGACUUUUGUUUCUAAGCUGCAUGUGGUUCUGAGAUUGAGAAUUCCUCAUUUGGUUUCACAUUCUUAAGCAUGAUUACUCCAUUCUUAAUUGGGCCUAUAACUCAUAGCAGAGCAUACACAUUUGAAUUUCUUUAUUAUCUUCUUGAACAAUUACUUUUUGUCAAUUCAUAUUCCAUAGAAUAUCUAGUGUACCCUUGAGCAAAUAAAAGAAAAUAUUUACUAAAAACAACAAUGAUAAGAAUAUUUACUAACUAUUCAUCACUGUACACAGUACACACAGUUGAUACAUAAGUAAUAGCCCCUGUUCAAGGAUUCGUCCGAUUAAUCUCUACUCGUACGGUCAGCGAGUAGCCGGUAAACUGAUAAAUCAGCCGAUUAAUUGAUUAACUUGCCGAUUAGCCUAUUAAUCCCCUACUCGCCAGCCAAACGAGCAGUUACCAGGUAACAAUUUCCUCAACAAUGGUAAUAGCUAGAUUAUUAAGCGCAAGAAUGACAAGACUAUGAAGCUAAACUACUCUACCUAACUCCCUCCUGGUGAAAAACAUGCCAAAACAUACCGAAUGUGUGAGCUGUCAAUAUCGACAUACUUGGACCAGUAUGCCUUGUACUUGGAGAUGGGUUAAACCCUGCAAUACUUUGCACAUGCAGCAAGUCUUCCUGCGAAUGUCAUGAAAAUAGCAGAUUCCAACAUCUGGCUGCAUGAUGAAGCAAACAAUAGCACUAAUACAGAAAAUAUAACCAGAGACCAGGAAUGUUUGGCUGCCAUCAUCCAGCUUGGUGUCCUAUGCUCAAACAACUGCCUAGAAAAAGAAUGUCAACAAGUGACGCUGCUGCAGAGAUGCAUGCUAUCAGAGACACCUACCUCAGUAAUCAGUGAUUAAUUCAUGUCAAAUCAUAUGAACAAACCACUACCACAUGCCGAUUAACAAGGGUUCUCUGGAUUUAUUCUUGAAUCGGUAGUAUAUUGUGAUUCAAACUAUGAGCUGGUACAUUAACCAACAAAAAAUAUCACUACCAGAUGAGGUGAAAAAAGGUGCUACAUGUGAAGAAAAAACUCAAUUAAAAUGGGUGCUGUAAAAAGGUUCUACAUGGGCACAUCACUAGACAUAACUGAGUCAGUUCUCCAGAGUUACCUUUUGUUGCAUUUCCAGCCCCCUUUGUUGAAGCACUAUCCCUCGUUGACUCAGCUUCUUGCUGCAACUUCAGGUUCAGUGCUACUUCAAAGGGAAGAACUUCAGGUUCAGUUCUAGUAUUCAUAGGGAAUGAGCACUGAACCUUCCUUUUUCCCUAAAAAAAAUCCAGCACAAGCUCUACGCAAACAGCCACCUGUUCAUUCUCCACUCUCAGCUUCUCUUUUCUUCUUACAGAAGGCAUAGAAAAAUUACUCCAUUUGUUUCCACAUUCUUACGCAUAAUUACUCCAUACUUAUUGGGCCUGUAAUUCAUAUACUCCCUCCGUCCGGAAAUACUUGUCAUCAAAAUGGAUAAAAGGGGACGUAUCUAGACGUAUUUUAGUUCUAGAUACAUCUCUUUUUAUCCAUUUAGAUGGCAAGUAUUUUCGGACGGAGGGAGUACCAGAUAAUAAACAGUUGGGUUUCUUUAUUACCUUGUUGAACAUUUACUGUUCUUUCAAUUCAUUUUUGUAUCCUUGAAUGAGCAGAAGAAUAUUUACUAUGCUGUGACUUACAAAUCACUGUGCAUGUAGUUGAUACAUGAGAAAAAGCUACUCCCUCCGU